AUGCAAGCCGUCGCCCUUCGGUGUGACCUCGGCACUUUGUGGACGCAGCCACGCGUUGCGCAGUUGCUGUGGCACUUUCUGCACGUCACGGAUCGUGUUCGAGUGCAGAGCAUUACUUGGUGGAUUCACGCAGAUAUCCGGUGGUUCAUUUUUGAGCUGCAGCCUGCUUUGCCUGACAGCGACUUCAGCAGUGAGGACGAGCUCCUCCCGCUGCUGCCCGCUCCUGUGGGGCCUCUGCCUCCUUUGCCAGUUCCUGAUGAACCUCGGCCUCAGUCAACUCCUCCAGAAAUCGACUAUGGGGUGAAUGCGUACUUGGCAGCUGGGUUGAAACCGUUGACUGCCAGGGAUGAGACCUUGAAGUUGCAAGCAAUCACGUAUGAGCGGAAGUGCGCCCUGAAAAAGUGGUUGAGCUUAAUCUCUGUGAACUUCCAGGCGUGGGAAAUCGCGAGACGGGCUCUGGGCCCCUUCGAGCCCAGCUUUGCGUGCAAAGGCCUGGUAGACAGUGUCAGAGAUGCUGCGGGAGUUAAGGCUUCAAGCACUUUGCAUAACCGAGCCGGACCCCUGCUCCGGUACGUGAAGUUUUGGAAGGGUCGUGGACACAAGUGCUUCCCCGUGAGUGAGGGACAGGUCUACUCCUUCUUCAAGGACGGGGGAGAUAUGGCGCCCACCUUUCCAAGGUCCCUGAUGAUUUCCAUCAGCUUCGCUGUGCACGUGUUUGGCUUGGUCUGGACUGAUGACCCGUUGAGAAGCGGGAGGGUCAAGGGCUUGGUCGCUUCCCACUAUGCGACGAAGCGCGAAGAAGUCAGGAGACCGGCUUUCACUGUGGAGCAGAUCAAGUUGUUGGAGAGGAUCGUCAUGGACAACGGGAGGUCUUCGUAUGACAGAGUCGCUGCAGGGUUCUUUCUGCUGCUCGCGUACGGUCGUUUGAGGUUCAGUGACGGGCAGAGGAUUACCAGCUUCCUGUUGGAUCAACCCGACCCCAACAAGCCUGAGCUGGGAUAUCUGGAGUGUACUGCCAAACGCACCAAGUCGCAGGUUGGCAUGAUCAAGAAGGCAAAGGUCCUGCCCGUGGUGAUCCCGUUGGCUGCGGUGGGUCUCUGCUGGAUCCCUACCUGGCUUGUCCUCCGGAUGAAGGCCGGGCUGUGCUAUGGAGGGUCGGUGCCGGAGACUGAGCCGAUUCUCCCGGCGGUUGCGGCAGGAGGCGGCUGGACUCGAGUUCCCCUUGACGUCUCGGCGGCUAGUGAUUGGUUGAGGCAGCUGCUGAGGCAUACUGCGCAGGUCGGUCCCAUCAAGUUUCACGUGAAGACCGGAGACUCCCUGAUCGUGUACAGUAGAGACGCUAUGUCUCAUCCUAUGCGGUUGCUCGUACGACUCAUCCUGGACGUCAAGAACGGCAAGUUUGACCCAGACUUGACCCGCUCCGGGGCUUUGGCAAGUGAGCUGGCUGGGGAGUCGGAGUCUUCCGAGGGCUCGACGGAUGAAGAGUGCAAGCAGGUGUCGGAAGAAGAGAGGGCCGUGGAAGAUGUCGUCGGCGAGUGGGACCCGGGCCACGGCCCCGACGAACACUUCGCAAGGCACCUUGUCUCACGAUGCAUUCACAAGGUUCGGGAUGAGGCUGGGUCGCAGCUGGUGUGUGGUCGCACUAUCAGCACGCGCUUCGAGGAUGUUUCAGUGUCUGAACAAUUUUGGAACGCACUCGCGCAGACCUACGAAAACGUGAUGGGUGAAGGGACACUUGUCUGA